CACACACACACACACACACGCAUACAAAAUAUUUGAAUUCAGCUAUCAUCAAAUCCAAGGAUAUUUUGUGUUUUCUAUUUCAUUUUGAAAUUUAUCAUUCGAUUUUUUAAAUAAUCAGAAUAUAUAUUAAAUAUAAUCUUCAUUCUUGUUAUCAUAGAAUUUUCUUUCCAUAUUUUGAUCACUAUAUUUCAUCUAGAAUUAGAUUUAUCACCUUUUUUUUAUCAUCAUUAAUAAUAAUAGCUAUACUGCUAAUGGAUCAUACAAAAUUACAGCCAGGCCAAACUCCUGUUUCAGGAACAGUUUCGGCAACACCAACGUCUAUUCAAGCAGCGAGGCCACGUUUUAAUUUAAAUAAUUUCAUAUUAGUUCCUGCUGCUAGUGCAAAUAUAUUGACUAAUAAUGGACAAAUGUCCAAUCUGAUUGCUACCAAUCAUAAUACGAUUGUUAAUAAAGGAAAGAUCAUGAUUCUGACAACAGCACCCACUUUAACAGCUGCAGGAAAUUCUACUGGAACGGCUAAUGGUGCUACUAAUGCAGCUCAAAUAUUAGCGGCUUCACAUCCCGGACAAUCGGUUCAAUUACGUCCGAGUAUGGUACUGGCUACAAAUGCAAAUUCAAGUGCAGCAGCGGCAAUCGCAACCCCUGGAACAUUGGUUACGCCAAAUAUAUCCACAUUUGGCAAUACAACAACAGCUACGAGUAUAAUUGCUAAUAUUAAAAUGAAUCCUGUAUCCAAUCAGCCAAUAAGUAAUCAAAUUCAUCAGAUCGCUACUGUACCUGCAGCUACAGCUUCAGCGUCAAAUGCCAUAACAAUACCUGCAACAGUAAUGACCACUAAUCACAGCGGCAGUAACAUCAAACAACAACAACCACAAACCGUGCAAAUGUUAACGCCGAUUGUGACACCAGCUAAUUUAUCCAAUAAUAAUUCUUUUAAUCGUGCCCAUCCACAUCAUCAACAUUUGAAUUUUGUCUCACAAAAUUUAACACAUCGACAUCAAUUACCAGCAUCUUCAACUAAUAAUCAUGGUAAAACAAAAAACAAUCCAAUUCAACAGGCAACAAAUUCAAUAUCGACCACGCCGGUCAUUUUGAAUACUAAUAAUUUAUUUGUCACCACACCCACCAUGGAUGGCCAACAAAAUCAACAGACUAAAUCAAAGCCGAUGGUUAAUUUGAAUUUAAUUCCAAGCAAUUUUAAUUUUAAUCCAUCAAAAGUUGCUAUUGUUGGUAAUCAACCAAUGGAUGUCGAUUGCAUACUUGAUAAUGAUAAAGAUGACGAUGCCGAACUAAAAUCGAUUGAAGAGAAUCAGAAUGGAAAAAGGAAAAAAAAGAAUCGCCAUGAUAAAUUAUUUGCAGAUGAAACACUGGAUAGAUUAUCGCCAGAAUUAUGGCCCGAAUCAGUUUCAGGUGUAGUUAAAUUUUUGGCCACUACAUCACCAUAUUCAAGUGAAGAUGAUGAAUUAUCGAAUGAUUCACCACAAAAAAAUUGUAAAAAAUUCGACAAGAAUAAUUCUAAUGGAACUCGGAAUCCAACAUUAAUAAAUCUAUCGACUAUUGUGAAAAAUGAAAUCCUCGAUGACGAUGAUGAUUAUGAUGACGAUGAUGAUGAAGAUGAUGAUGAUUCAUCAUUUAAUAAUUUCGGCGAUAAUCUACGUUGUAAUAAACAUAACUAUAAUUAUUCAAACGGUAAUAAUCAAUCGGACUCACGUAAGAUGGUCAAGUCCUUUGCCAUCACUGCUUAUGGUUUAGAAACGGCAAAUGAAAAUGAAGAUGGUGAUGAUGAUAGUGAUUCUCGUGCUACAAGUCCAACAGAGAGUAUUGUGACCAAUUCGACAAAUAAUAAAGCUAAUACAAAAUCAUCAAAUAACCAAAACAAUAAUAAUAAUAAUAGACCAGAAUGGCAAAAAGGAUUCGAUGAAGAAGAACUAUCAAUGCUUUAUGGUUAUGGUUCUUUAACAGCAUCGGCAUUAUUGGAUAAAGUUAAAGAGAUACAAAAUCUAGCUUAUCAAUUAGGAUUAGAAGAAGAAAGUGAAAUAGCUCGUGCACGUUAUCUAAAUAUUCUAAAUGAACAUGGCCCAAAUGAUGAUAGUUUGCCAAAUCUAACAAUCGAUUCGGAAAUCGAUGAUAUUUUCAUGUCAACAACAACAACAACAACAUCAACAUCAUCUACAAAUCAAAAACAAUCGAUAAAUUCGAUGGCUUCAUGAAUUUUCUUAAUUUUUUUUUUUGAUUUAAUCAUUCUUUUUUGUUUGUUUGUUUGUUUGUUGUUUUGUGUUAUAUUAUUG